CAAAUUUAUAUCAAGACCUCACAUGGCGGAAGUUGGCAGGACGGCAACAAAUCUGUUUUAUAAUUUUGACCUUAUUCACCGGAAGUGUAGACGAGAACAGUCGGACAGCCCCACAAGAGGGAAAAAAAUCGAAAAAAAUCGACGAAAAAAAAAAGCGGUGAAUCUGAGGGUUCGGGCGGAUUUGGACGAAGUUUCCGAACUGUCCCGGCCCGAAGGAGCCCCGGGGUUGAGAGGGAAUCGCCAGCACCGAAAUAAUGGAAGAUUCCCAUUUCAACUCAUCAUACUUUUGGUCUCCCGUUCCCACAGUGCAAGGCCAGAUCGAAAACGCCAUGUUUCUGAACAAGAUGAAGGAGCAGCUAGGGCCGGAGAAGAGUGCCGCCUUCCCCCACUCUUCCUCCUCCUCUUCCACCGCCCACUACCCCACCGCCGUGCUCACUGUACCGGGCCCCGUUGCCAUGGAGGCAGGCCCCACAAGCCGGGCGCCCAAGCAGGAGGGAGGGGGCGGGGCAGGAGGAGGGGCCCAAGGUGCAGGACCCCAGAUGGCGGCUGUAGGGUCACACCUUCACCCCCCACAUACCACCCAGAACAUUACAGUGGUGCCUGUUCCCUCCACUGGCAUCAUGACAGCAGCGGGGUUAGUGAUAACCACCCCACAGGGAACGCUGCUCACUCCACCCGCCUCAUCCCAAUCUUUCGUUACCGGAUCCCCCGCCACCACCAUGAUAGUGUCCGCACUGCACCCCUCAAACACAGACAAAAAAGAGGAUGGCAGUGUCCCUCCAGCUGUCGUCAUGCCGACGCCCUCUAAACGAGGCCGGAAGAAGAAGUCCAUGAUGCCCAGGGCUGGUGCUGUGACAACCCACACCCUGCCGACCGGAAGCGAUGCAUUGAUUCUCGCACACCUGGCCGCUGGAGGACAGCAUCACAAUACUGAUCCGUAUGAUCUGUCUAAUGAUGAGGAUGACCACACAGGCAAAGAUGGAAAUAAAUCCUACAGGUGCCGGAUGUGUGCCGUGACGUUCUUCAGUAAGUCAGACAUGCAGAUCCACGCCAAGUCGCACACAGAGGCCAAGCCGCACAAGUGUCCUCACUGCUCCAAGUCGUUCGCCAACUCCAGCUACCUGGCCCAGCACAUCCGCAUCCACAGCGGAGCCAAGCCGUACACCUGCUCCUACUGCCAGAAAACCUUCAGACAGCUCAGUCAUUUACAGCAGCACACGCGAAACCACACAGAAUCCAAGCCGCACAAGUGUCCUCACUGCUCCAAGUCGUUCGCCAACUCCAGCUACCUGGCCCAGCACAUCCGCAUCCACAGCGGAGCCAAGCCGUACACCUGCUCCUACUGCCAGAAAACCUUCAGACAGCUCAGUCAUUUACAGCAGCAUCACAGGAUCCACACUGGUGACCGGCCGUAUAAGUGCAUUCACCCGGGAUGUGAGAAAGCAUUCACUCAACUCUCCAACCUCCAGUCUCAUCGCCGACAGCACAACAAGGACAAACCAUACAAAUGCCACAACUGUAACCGCGGAUACACAGACGCCGCCAGCCUGGAGGUCCACCUGACCACGCACACAGUUAAACACGCCAAGCUGUAUUCCUGCGGCCUCUGCAACCGAGCGUACACCUCUGAGACGUACCUGAUGAAACACAUGCGGAAACACAACCCUGAUCCUCUCACCGUAGCAGCGGCAGUGGCUGCCCAGCAGGCCCAGCAGGGUCAGAACCCCGCCCAGGCACCCGGCAGCGGAGGCAGUGGGCGUGGUCGAGGCCGUGGGAGGGGCAGCGGUGGAGCCGGGGCGGGAGCUGGGGGAGGAGCUGGAGCUCAGCCGCAGAGCCAACCCAACCCCAAUCCCCAGGGCAGUUACCCCCCCACGGAGGGCGUGCCCUGCCCCUUCGACCUGCACCAGUACAAGACAGUGUCGGCCGGAGAGAUCCAGUAUAAACCGGUCAGCGUGGCCGACCUGUCUGCCCAUAAAGACCUCUGUCUGACUGUGUCCACCUCCGCCAUCCAGGUGGAACACAUGAACUCAUAAGAGGUGCUGUGAAUGAGGGAAGGUUGGGGUAAGGAAAGAAGGAGGAGAGAUGUGUAGAUGGACUAUGUGUAAAAAAAACUACACUGCCUUGGGGUGGGAGAGGAUUAAAACAAAAGCCCAAAUGUAGGCAAGAGAAACAAUGGAAGGACAGGUCAAAGAUGAGACCCGAUAACUCUCUGUCAAAAACUCUGCACAGCUGUGUCAGAAGGCUGGGGUACGGAACACACCAGUUUCCACAAACUCUCAAUACUCUCUGCUUUUCAACCGUUUCCAUAGAGACACAUAGUGGAGAUAUUUUGAUUUGUGUAGUAUGUGGAAUAUACAUCAACGGAUUGCAUAUGGUAUAACAUCAAAUAAAAUGUAUCCCAAAUAUCAUUUGAAACAGAAAUGUGAACCGACUAGUAAUAUGACGGCCUCAAUAAAUAGCAAAGUAAUGAUCAUUUUUUAUUAUGAAGGCAAAGAGCUGAAUUUUAACUAGAUAAGAUCUAGGUUAUGUGCAGGUUUACUUUGACUACAGUCCACUUGAGAAAGAAAUAUUCUUCAAGUCCCACAGUACUGCCUUUGUUACCUCAUUAACAUUGGCACACGUUUCAAGAGGACACUGACUUUUUCUUUUUAGCUCCUUAUUUUUUUUUAAAUUUGAUUUUCAUGUUAUAAACGUUCCUAACCCUGGGCUGUAGUAGGUUUGGUGUAACUGUUGCUAACACAGACAGAGCACAACACAGGAGAGGGAUAAAGGUAGCAGGCCUCAGCGGGAAUCGGUCACACCGCAUGAUUACAAUGUCACUUGGUAAAACACUUCAGUCAUGUUCAUUAUUCACAAACCAUUUAUGGACACGCGCGCGCACACACCCAGCACAUUCUCAGGCGUGCGCUGCAAGAGAGGGGAAAAAAACAUUGUAUUAAGUUCCCCAGACAGAAAUUAAGAUGUGUCACAAAUGGCCUUUGGAGCUUAAAUACCCAUCAUUGUUCUUAACACACACACACAAAUUCAGUCUGAUGGAAAGCAGCUGAGCUGAAAAGGUUGCCGUUGCAAUUUUAAUUUACGGCCUUGGAACUAAAUACAGGGUGUGCGGACUCAAUUUUUGCUGUCGACAACAGCUUUCUAGAAAAUUCUGCCAGCCUUCUGGCAGUGCUCUGCUGGUUUUGACAGUGGGUUUGAGUGACCUGUAUGUACGUGGGACUCAGAAGGAACAGAGACAGAGAGAGCGGUUUUUAAAGAAUGCACUAACCGGUCAGAGGAGAAAACGGAAGACGAGGCUUACGGAUUUACACGCGGUGGCACUUAACGUUUUAUUCUUUUACUCGUUUUUUUUCCAGCAUUUUUCUUUUCAGUCAUUAUAUCAUCUGUCUGUAUGUAAUUUUUCUAAUGUCUGUAU